AUGUCAGAAGCAGAGACCGUCAAAGUGAAAAUUAGAGCAACACAGAGUUUUGAAAAUGAUCAGCAAAAUGCUUCAGUGUUGAAGAAAGAAGGACUGUCCAACUCCAUCUCUCAGCCUCUUGGAGACUCAAACAGCUGCACCAGCUCCCUUCCCCUGCAAGUUCUUCCCAUCGUAAUUCUGAAUCAAGCCGAUCAUCCAGAAAAUCAUCUAGCAAUUAAGGAUGAGAAACCUAUGAAAGGUAUUGUUCUCAGCUCAGUAUCAGAAUUCAGCAUCACAGAUGUCCCAGGCAAAGACACCAAAAAUGAGAGAAAACUGUCGGAAUCUAGUACAUCUACGUUAUCAUCCCUUCAGAAAUGCAGAGCACAGUUCAGCUACCUUGAAGAUAAUGCAUCAGUCCAUGAAAGAGACACUAAUGAUGAAUGUGCCACACUCAUCCUGGCCUGCUUGUUCUGCCAGUUUUGGGACUUUCUGUUCAUGUUGCCCGAUGUCUGUGAAAGUUGGCUGACCCAUGUGUGCUGCCCUUCCCAUAGAUAUCACCACACCUCAAGCGACGACCCCGCCAACGGCGACUGCAGCUGUGACUGCGACAUUGACUGCAGCAUCUUUGAGUCUUGCCAUGAAACCGGCGAGUGUCUGGAACUGGCUCUUGAGAUCUCUCAAGUCUGUUAUCACUAA